CACAACUCCAUUACGUAAAGGUCCAAGCUCCUCUAUCCGCCGUCUCGCAGCGCUUUCGCCUGAUCAAUAACCCCAUUAUUAAUCAUAAUGUCUGGUAGAGGGAAAACCGGAGGCAAAGCCCGAGCAAAGGCCAAGUCCCGCUCCUCCCGGGCCGGACUCCAGUUCCCGGUGGGUCGAGUCCACAGGCUACUGCGCAAGGGCAACUACGCGGAGCGCGUCGGCGCCGGGGCUCCGGUGUAUCUGGCUGCCGUGCUGGAGUAUCUGACCGCUGAGAUCCUGGAGCUGGCAGGCAACGCCGCCAGGGACAACAAAAAGACCAGGAUCAUCCCCCGGCACCUCCAGCUGGCCGUACGCAACGACGAGGAGCUCAACAAGCUGCUGGGAGGUGUGACCAUCGCUCAGGGAGGAGUGCUGCCCAACAUCCAGGCUGUCCUCCUCCCCAAAAAGACGGAGAAACCGGCCAAGAGCAAGUAAAAGACUCCCCCCCCCCGCAGACCCGGAUUCAGCCGGGACCAAGGGCUCACCUCGGAGCCAGCCACUUUUUUCAUAUCAGUGUUUGUUUUUUGGAUAAACAACCUUUGGAAUGGGGCGCAGCGUUCGGUGUUGCUGUUUCUACAGUGAAAACAUGCUUUCGCUUCUCAUCGGGACUAGUCAUAAACUGCUCAGUCGCCACUGUUGUGGUGUUGGUUCUGGAAAAUGGAGGCGCUCUCUGAAGGCUGGGGAUGAUGAAGGCCGUGGAAAAAAAACAUCAGUUCUUAAUGUGGACCAAUUGUGAAGGGAGAGGUUGUUUUUUUUAGUUUCGCAAUGCUGCUACAAAACGUGCAAAGUUGUAUUGUUUUAUGUCAUGUUGUUUCAAUAAAUGUCCUGUAGCCUUCUGGCACUGGGCAAAUACA